AUCCAGCAAGUCCAUAUGGCAAGUCCUCUAGCGGGGUCCAUCGCACAUCGCAGGGUCCGUUCUCUUACUGCAUGUCCCAUGGUAACAAACGGCAGAUUUCAUAUGCACAAACGAGCUGGAGAAAAUACAAUCGACUUGGUUAAAGGUUCCCAAGUCAAGAAUUUAAGAAUGAUUAAAAGACACUAGAGAGAAGACAUUUCCCUCUUCCAUUGAAAGAUGUCAGUGAAAUGAUAAAAUAUGAGUGUAGAAGAAUGUCCAUUUUGUGGAAAGCCAUUCAAGAGGCUGAAAACCCACCUAGCACACUGCAAAAUGGCACCAGUUACACAACCCAAGAAAAGCAUUAAAGCGCCAAAAGAACUGAGUGCAAAAACAUCCAGAUAUAAAAAGACAACAAAUGGUGUCAUCUUUAAUGAAAGACUAACCUCCAAAAGCAAGAGUAACGAAGAUACUCACAAUGCAGACAGUCUUCUCACAACUACUGAGGUCAAAGUCUUCUCAUCUAAAGCUCUGGACAUGGAGAGGCCUAAAAACAAAUGGCUUGCGAAAAGACAAAGGGAACUUGAGCGAUUACACCUGUUAGUGCCAAUCUCAAAGAUGCUAAGCAACCCUACCUCAUUAUCCAAGCAUGAAGGAGAUAAAAGCUUUUGUGAGAUCUCCAAAGGACCAAAUCAGGGAACAUGUAAUGGAAAAAGUGCUAAAGGCAAAAAGAAGCUAAAGAUGGCACCAUUAUCGGAGCAGUUGUCCAUCACCAAGAGUAAAAUCAAUACCCCUGGAUUUGUGCCAGCCAUUCUGAAAAACUCUAGCCUGCCAUCUGAGUGCAGUGUACAGCAUGAAAAUCCAAAACUUAAAACGAAAGUGUACUUUUUGGAGAAGCUUGAAACGCUCACAAACAGCCAGGACAAGAAUAUCGAUCAAGUGUCGAGAGCAAAAGAGCAUAAAGCUCAUGCUUUCUUUACGUCCAAGACUUCUGUGUGGGACCACAUCAAUUACAGUUUGUAUUACAAGAGGUUUGUGCCGUAUCCUGUUAUUGAAACAUCCAAAGAUUCUGCUGUGGAGACUAUGCAACAAUCAAACAAGCCUGAAACAGCAGUUACCAAGGUUGCCUUUCCAUCCUCACAGACUUUAUCUGAAACCAUUCAUCAACCUUCAGAAGACAUCAUUAGUUCAAGACUGCAAGGUGCAAGAAGUCUAUCAUGUAGUCCAGAGACAGUGACUGCUUACAACAGAAUACAGUUCUCCUCGGUCCCUUUAGGCAGCUAUGCGAAUGAAAAUAUUUGGAAGAAGGGUCAAUUUCCUGGACCGUUCACCCAAAGUGAAGUGCCUCUAGUGCAGCAGAAACUUGGAGAUGUCAGAUUGAAUAAACUUGGCGCCUGGCUUGCCGCUCGAACUCCGGUGUCACCUGGAGAGAUUGUGACCAUGUUAAAGCAAGGUUGGCAGUGGUACUACAGGAAGUACAUUGACGUUCGUAGAGGAGGGAUCGGUGGGAUAUCCAUGCUGUUGACUGGAUACUGCAUUCUGUGUUACACAUGGAGAUACCAACAUCUCAAGACUGAACGCUGGAGGAAGUACCAUUAAGGACGUUUGGUGGUCUUUGUAAUUGUUUUCAGGGCCAUAUGGACUAAUAAGAAGGGUAAGAUUAUAAUAUCAGGAACUAUUGGUUUACUGUUGAGGUUUGCUGUGUUUUUGUUGACAAGUUAGUUAGAAAUGUCAAGAAGGUGACUGAUAAAGGACUUAUGAAUUAAACAUUUUGAUAGGAACCUAUCUUGAAGUACAGAUAAUGGAAUUAUUUGAAUUAAAUAUUUAUUUGCCAAAAAAUAGAAUGCUUUUAAGCAAAACAAUUUUAAGUUUUGUUUAUUGUGUAACCAGAGGACUUACCCGAGAUCUAAUAAAUUAUAUUGUUCUGCACUUUUUUAGACCUGUCAUAUGUUUUUUUUUUGUUUGUUGUUUACAUGAUCUUGUUUAAUUUCUUAAUUUUUCUAUAAUAUUGUUGCAUAUAAAUAUCCACAAUUUUUUAAAAAGGAAGACAUUACGACAGAUAAUGGCUGUAUUCAAAAUGGAUUUAAUAUUUAUCUCUGCUGUUGUAAUGAACACUCACAAAAACAACAAAUCAUGAACUGACCAACAUAUACAGUAUGACGUGUACACCUAACAUAAUAAAAAUAACUUUUUUGUUUUACAUUCUUUUUCUUUACAAAAAGUAUAAAUAUUUUGUGUUUCAUGUUUUUAUUUUUUGUAAUACAAACAUUACAAAUCAAGUUUUAGGUGAUGCAGAAAAUAAAACGUUAAAAGCAACUUUGACCAUGGGGUAUUACGAUAACUGAAGGCCACA